AUGUCGUUUUCCCGGUUAUCUAGAGGAACCCGAUUCUUUUCUUGCAUUAAAGUCCCUCUUCGUCCAGUUCCCUUUUUAUGCAGGCACCAGCUGGAUGCUGUGGAUUCAAAGUACAAUUAUUUGGGUAAGAUAUACAGCCCAGCAUGUGGAGUUAACUCCCUGGGUUUCAUGUCGAAUCAUGGAUAUAAAUUGAGGAAUUGUACUCUGCAAGGGUCAUGUUCUAUAAAUUAUGGUCGGCAUUAUUCUACACAUGCUACCACCGAAAAGAAAUCGAAGAAGAUGCUUUUGUACUUGACUGGGUUAGUCUUUGCUAUGGUGGGGUGUAGCUAUGCUGCGGUUCCUUUAUACAGGAGAUUUUGUCAAGCUACUGGUUAUGGGGGAACUGUUCAGCGUCGGGAGAGUGUUGAAGAAAAGAUUGCCCGUCAUGCAAAGGAUGGAACUUUCAUGUCCAGGGAGAUUGUUGUACAGUUCAAUGCUGACGUAGCUGACGGGAUGCCCUGGAAGUUUAUUCCAACACAGAAAGAGGUAAGGGUCAAGCCAGGGGAGAGCGCCCUUGCAUUUUACACUGCUGAAAAUAAAAGUUCAACUCCAAUAACUGGGGUAUCCACGUAUAAUGUCACUCCUAUGAAGGCUGCAGUUUACUUUAAUAAAAUACAGUGCUUUUGCUUUGAGGAGCAACGGCUUCUCCCCGGAGAACAGAUUGACAUGCCAGUCUUCUUUUACAUCGACCCAGAGUUCAAAACAGAUCCAAAGAUGGAUGGCAUCAACAACUUGAUUUUGUCUUACACAUUUUUCAAGGUUUCUGAAGAGAAUUAG